GAAAAGUUCCACGAGCGCGACGGUGACGCGCGCAGAGAGUUGCGGAGCGUGUGAGUCCUGAAGGGCAAAUAAGAGACUGGAGAAAACGACCUUAAACAUAUCAAGGUCCAUUUCUCUCAUUCUUAUUUCCUAUAUGCGCACGUGCUUUAUAUUGCGCAUGUUGACAGUGUAGAUUAUUUAUAUGUCGAACAUUUUAAUUCUAAGAUCUUGUGUCUGACAAGGAAAGCGUCAUCAUGGGUUCUGGUGGGCACGAUUUCUCUGGUGACCAACAGUAGCACGGGAUGCGCCGCACAAAGCGUGUCUGAAAUGCCAGACGGGAGACACAGAGACCUUCAGGAGGCUCAUAACAUCGAUUCUUGAGGAUAUAUUUAUUUGUUACCGGAUAUAUUUCACUGGACCACAAGGACGUACUCAAGUGCCACCGGGUAUUUUGCUGCGAGGGAGCCGGUAUAAAUGAAAUGCGCGGAAUGCACGAAAAAACUCUCCUGUAAAAUAACAUAUAUUGGGAUUUAUUGUAGCUAGCUAUUUAUAAUAAAUACGCCCUACGACCAUCUUGAGCUUCUCAGAAGCCUGAUUUUAUACUCAACUAGUCUGUGUUGUCUAUUGGUUCAUUUACCUACUUUAAAACUUAAGAUAUUUCAUUUUUGUCUUUUUUUUUUUCUCGUUAAGCCAUGACAGGGAUGACAAUUGCCUUGUUUUUUGAGAAUCUACUGAGUAAAUUGUCAUUGCUUGAAUUAAAGAUGUUGGAUUCGGAUGUGAAAGUGGAAUAAUCAUUCAUAGAGAAUUAACUACAGUAAGGACUGGACGUUGGACCUGCUAUAUAUUAUUUACCCAACUAUUUCUGACUUUUCUUGGUGAACUCAAACAAUGGGGAUCAAGCUGAGAGUUAUUCUGGGGAUGUUUCAGUUCGUCUCACUUACCAGAAUAUCAACACAAUGUGCCAAAACACCGUCAGACCACUGGAUGCCAACAGAGAGCCAUAAAUCUGGAGAAGUGGUGAGGUGGUUGGACGUGUAUCAGAGAAGCGGAUGUCAUCCCAGAGAGACGCUGGUGGAAGUUUGGCGGGAGUUUCCUUGGGAGACACAUCACCUCUUCCUGCCGUCGUGUGUAACGCUGCGCCGCUGUGGAGGCUGCUGCUCGGAUGAGGCACUGGAGUGUGUGCCUUCACAAACACACACACUUGUAAUGGAGCUCAUGAGGACCUCAUACAUGAAGCAUGAACUUGUGCAGCUGCCUUUUAUCGAACAUAACCAGUGUGAGUGCAGGCUAAAAGCAAAUCUUUAUGCAGAGCCAACCAGGCAAGGCCUACAGACAGCAAGAAAAGGUAAAAAGCGGCAAAGGGGGAAACCAAAGCGAAAGAAACACUUGGGGAAAAAGCCGACUCUAGUGCCAACUACACCCCCUCCUCCUCCCCCUCCCACUCUACCGCCUAGCUCCGCCCCUCCACCACCUGCCAGAGAGGCGUGUCCACCAUGUCCCACCCGCAGAAUGACAUCACAGCCUCCCUCCUGUGAAUGCAGGUGCAGUUUGAGGGAGGUGAGCUGUACAAAAAGAGGGAAGACACUCAACCAGCACAGCUGCCGAUGUGAAACCCAAAGCGAAUAGUGAAAUCAAACCACCAGUAUAAUCCACCGCUCAAACUUUGCACAGCUUUGAGGAGGUCAAAGGUUUGCUUAUUCUUUUGUCAUGGACUCUGAAGUUUGGGUCUCACGAAGAAAAAAAAGUUUGCAUUUGAGAACAAAUCACAGACCCACCCCCCUGGCCCAUCUGGCUAUGUCCCACACACCAUUACGACAGUAUUAGAUCCAUAUUCAUUAAUUCUGUACCGUGUGUGUGUACGGAAUAUCACCAGAUCCUACUAUUGAAGCUUUUCGCCAUUAUGAUCCAAACUUCAGACCACCUUAACCAUUUGACGCUGUAUUAUGGACAUAGAAUGGGUCAAGCGUAUCGCCAUUGAGCUUUAUCCAAAACCAGUUUGGGAUUUUGUUCAGCUUCAUGUAGGCACGGACACACAGCUAGGCUGAUGCUAAGGAUGACAAGUGUGCUGAGAACUUUCAAAGGGAAAUCUGAAUACGGAAGGAGUCCUUUUUUCUACCAAACUACUUAAAGUGGAGAGUUUUUGAUGGGAUGGAUGUUGACAGACCUUCAGUGUUGAGAGAACUCAAGUGUUUCGCUACACAAUCAGAGUAUCUCAUCCUGAGAACAUCCCCGGCGUGUCCUUCUGACCCUCCUCGUGUGAUAAAUUGAUGGAUGGGUCGAUUAGACGGAUCGACGGGUGUCUGUGUGGUCUGAAUCGUGCAUAAUAAGGAUCUGUGCGUCUAUCCUAAUUUAUUCCUGGCCUCUAUAAGUCCAUAAUGUGGCUUCACAGACUGUAUCAAUGAGUCUUUUUUGUGUUUGUUUGAUUUGCUUUUUGUUCGGUUCCUUCCUUUGGGAAUUGAAAGCUUUUUCCCACUGGCUAGCCAGUGAGAGGAAUGCCAAUCGUAUAGAAACCUGGCUAUAUUCCAUUGGUGCUCACCAAACACAAGCCUCUCUCUCCCACACCCCCGAUCACACUCAUUUUUCGUCUCUUUUUUAUCCCUUUUCACUUGAUCUGUCGCUUUUUCAUUCUUUCUCCCUCCACACACACACACACACACACAGUCAUGCAUACACAUACAAAUGCAAACAGGUAAAUAUAAGCUUUUCUGUAUUGAUUCUGAAAGAAGAAUUUAUUUUAUCUAUCUUAUUCAUUUUGUAAAGAAUACUAAUGUUAUUGUAGUCCAUUUUGUUUUAAAGAAUGUUUCUUUUGUGUAUCUCUGUUAAUCCAUAGAGUCAGGCUGGGUGGCCGGCCGUGUGUUGAAUUUGAGUAAAAAGCUCUGAAAGUCUUUAGGAAAAGGGAAAUGCUCUUUCUGUUUGUGUUUUUUGUCUUAAUCAUCUCACAGCGUUGGGAGUUUGAUGUAUUUAUUUUUUAUAUUGAAAUGCAUUUUGUGUUAUGCUUUGCCCUGUUUCCUUUUGGACAAUUAGUUAUCUGCUGCGGCUGAUGAUUCGAGAAUAUUCCGUAUUUUUGGCAGAUUUCCUCAGAAUCACGCAGAUCGGAUAAUGUAGCUGUCAGUCAGUGUUGAGGAUUGUCAGUUUCCAUCAGCCGCGAACAUGAAAGAAUCACUUUUUUAUUAAAACAUUUUUAAUGGUGGUCAUUUAACCAAACACUUCUUUCCACCAUAUAUAUGUAGCAUUAUUGAAUGAAAUAUGAAUUCCAAAAGCAAGGCUGAACUCACUUUAAGUGAUUUCUCAGAUUAUUUGUUUAGCCAUUAUCUGCAAUAAUGUAAAUGAUUAGGAUCCCUCAGCACCCUUUCACUCUUCAAUCUACACAAAUAUAAGAUAUCCACGAGUUGUCAGCAUCCCCAAACUACUGAUCUGUGUUAAAGUCAACAUUAAAUUUCAUUAGCAACCCUUUUUACUGCAGUAUAUUAUGUGGUUUUAAUGAAACUGGUCUUCAGUGAGAAAAAAUAUAUAGGGUGGCAAUUAAUUGUAUGCACUGGCAGUUGAUUGAAUGUUGCACUGAAAAAAAAAUGUUGCAGGAUUUACUACAAUUUUCACUCAGAAAUUCCUAGUAAAUUUUACAAAUGUUAAGUAACACAAUAAGUGUAAUGUAAAAUUUUGAAAUAGAAAGACAAUGGUUUUUUUUUUUUUUUUACAAUGUGAAAAGUGCUGUUCCAAAACAAAAUGGAGCUAAACCUGAAUGUUAGUUUGCCUAAAUAGCUGUUGGACUAUUGGUUAGCAUUAUCCAAUAGUUCAUGUGGUCUAAGUGACAUCAGCUGGAAAGUUAAAAGUUAUUUUUAAUGUAUGAUGCGAAUGCAAAUAUUGUUUUCCUUAGAAUGAUAUGCAUGUGCUAUAAGACCAUGGAUGUGUGAAUGAAAGUAAAUAGGGUUGAUUUUGAGUUGAUGUUGACUUUAAGGUCUUCUCUGUGUGAACUGGUCAAUAUGUUGUCCUGUUUCCUCGUCUGUGAUGACUGGCUUUCCUUCAAAUCUAUUGCCGCUGUGAAAUGUUCCGUGUAAAAUAUCCUGUGCUAUAAACGUAGCGUUUUCUCUCUCUCUUUCUCUCUCUCUCCACAGUAACCUGUAUCAACUACCUCUGUGUCUGUACAGUUAACGUAACUAUCACAGUAAGAUUAUAGAAGCGUGAAAAUAUAUAAAACAAGUACACAAAAUGCAUACCAUAUGAAUGUACCUACCGACAGAACUUCAGUGUUUCCGAUCUCUUCUGUGUAAAGUUAAUUCCAGAAUCCUGUCGCUUUGUUCCGAGAUUUUGUGCGUAGAACCCUAUCUGUCCGAUAUGUAUCCAGGUAGAUCAGGACCCAACAGAACCCAGUCUGCACCACAGUCUAUAAACGAUAUAAGCUUUGAGUGUUUGUUUGAACGUAAUUAAUAAUGGUUAUUGCUGCUAUACCAUCUGUGCCCAGUUCUCCUGUGUGUGAACAUGUGUAUAAUAAUCUUUGUUACAGAGAGACAUAACCUGCUCUGCUUUCUGUCUACAAUGUGUAUAAAUUCAAACGUAGGUCUGGUCACACAUUCAGUAUAUACAACACACAACAGCCAUAAAGCAAUGUGCUAUAUAUUAAUAUAAAUAAAGUGAAAUGUCUUAUUUUUGA